AUGGACGAGUACGAAUACCUCCAGCCCGGGUUCGACCCGAAAUCGCUGACGGUCCCCCGCCUGCGAUCGAUCCUCGUGGCGCACGAAAUUCAAUACCCCUCGACAGCAAAGAAGCCCCAGCUUGUCGAUCUCUUCAACGAAGAGGUCUUGCCUCAAGCGAAGAAGAUUCUGGCAAAGCAGGCUAGAGCGAAGCGGUCAAGCAAGGGGAUCGUGGAUAUGGGAAGCAAUCACGAAAGCGAGUCUUUUGAUGAUUACGACCUCGCCCCGCCACCACGACGCAGGACCACCCGAUCGCAGUCUCCGCGCAAGGCUUCCACCCGAGUUAAGAGCGAGGAGUAUGACCAACAGCCGCCGGCCCCGAUCAGCCCGACAAAGAGGAAGGUGCGAGCUAGCAGCCGGCAACCUGUGGAGCCUGAGCCGUACUACGAGCCUGAGCAGGUUGAGCAGUUGGAGCGGUUUGAGCAGCCCGUGUUUGAGCAACCAGAGCCGCCCAAGUCGGUCCGCACCAAGCGCAACGUGACCCCUCACAUCAAGCAAGAAGAGUCCGAGGAGGACUUUUUCAAGAAGCGGAGGGAGUCUGAGUAUUUCUCGAUGGACAACCCGUUCCAGAGCGGCAGCUCGCCGGCACCCAUCAAGACCCCUGCUACGGGACGCAGGAGAACUGGACAGGAUCUUUUCCAGAACGACAGUGUACGACGACGAACGGACGGCCAUCACGCCGAAGAGCGACCGAAGUCAUCUAGGAAAUCACAGGCCUUCGAGGUCCCUGUCAGUACAUUGUUGCGCGAGGACACACCAGAGUAUCAGCCGGCUGAAAUUGUCGAGGCUGGCGAAGAGUUCACUCCGGAUGCUCAAUUCGAAAUGGAGCAGGAGAUGGCGGCAAGUGGUGAAAGUGCUCUGGCACCCCGCCGUACGCCGGCCCGUCCCAGAAGAAGUCUCGCCAAGCCUUUCUGGGCCCUGGCUGUCUCUUUGCUUGGAGCCUACGGCGCUUGGUACCGUCAAGAGAAGGUGGCUGUUGGAUACUGCGGACUAGGCCGUCCCGCGACGCAAAUCAUCCCCGCGGAUAUCCCCGUCCCUGACUGGGCGGUCCAGCUGGCUGAGCCUCAGUGCGAGCUGUGCCCUCAGCACGCUUACUGCUAUGAAGACUUCUCUGUCCGCUGUGAGCCCGACUUCAUCCUGAAGCCGCACCCACUUGCCCUUGGUGGCCUGGUCCCCUUGCCCCCAACAUGUGAGCCCGACGGUGAGAAGGUGCGAAGGGUGAAGGCUGUGGCCGACAAGACAGUCGAAGAGCUCCGAGAGAGGCGAGCCCAGUUUGAGUGCGGCGAUUCUACCGACGAAGCCCAGCAGGCGCCGGAGGCCCCCGCGAUUGAUGAGGAGGAGCUCAAGAAGGUCAUCAGCGCAAAGAGAAGCAAGAAGAUGAACAAGCAGGAGUUUGACGACCUGUGGGUUGCCGCUAUCGGGGAUGUCAAGGGUCGCGAGGAAGUGGAAGUUGUUCCAAAGGCCAAUUCCACCUCAGUUUCAGACGCCUACCUAUCGUCCUCCUCUCUCGCUCGCCUUCCAAUCGGCUGCGCCAUCAAGCGCUCGUUCAGGCUCGGGCUGGCAAGACAUCGACUCUCAAUUGGAUCUGUGAUCGUGUUGAUUGUUAGUUACUUCUACGUGCGCUCCAAGUACAGAUCCCAUAAGGCGACUGUGGCCCAGGUCCCAGCGCUUGUUGAUCUUGUUCUGGCUCGGCUGGCAACGCAGAAGGAACUCGGCGAGGAAGAGAUCGACGACCCUUGGCUCUUCCUGCCCAACCUCCGCGAUGACGUUCUCCGCUCUGUGCACUCGCUCGGCGAGCGUGAUCGCAUCUGGAAGCGUGUCAAGGCUGUUGUUGAGCAAAAUAGCAACGUGAGAACCAGCCAAAGAGAAGGACGCAGCGGCGAGGUUGGUCGCGCUUGGGAGUGGAUCGGACCUAUUACGGGAGACACUGCUAGACGACGUAAGAGCGGAAGGAUUUCCUUUGGUGCGGGACCGGACGUCAAGACGGAAGAUACCCCUGAUGCGGCGGAGAAGGCUGGCGCUCACUCGAAAUGGGAAGAGUCGCGACCUAUCUACUGA